UCGUCAUGAACAUGGUAGCCUCGAUUGGCAAUCAACAUUCAAGCUAAGAGUCUGCCAUUUACUUUUAGGGCCUAAGUAUUAGACUACUGCCAUUAACAUUUGGAGUACUUCUUCUGUAUAGAAAGGCUAGAUAAGGCAAUAAAAUUUAGUAUGUUGAACAAAAAGAAAGCAUUCAUUGGGGUUCCAGCACCACUGGGUUAUGUACCUGGCCUUGGCAGAGGUGCGACAGGUUUCACAACACGGUCUGAUAUUGGGCCUGCAAGAGACUCGACAGAUGUUCCAGACGAGAGGCAUCUUGAAGCAUUGAAAAGGAAGAAAGACGACGAUGAUGACGAAAAUGAGGAUCUCAAUGAUUCUAACUAUGACGAGUUUGCUGGGUAUGGAGGCAGUUUGUUUGCGACUGGGAACUACGACAAAGAUGAUGACGAGGCUGAUGCUGUGUAUGAUAGCAUCGACAAGAGGAUGGACGAAAGGAGAAAGCUUAGACGAGAACGACUUCUUAAAGAAGAAAUCGAAAAGUAUCGACAAGAAAGGCCAAAAAUCCAACAGCAGUUUUCAGAUCUAAAGAGAAAACUGUCGGACAUAAGUGCAGAUGAAUGGUCCUCAAUUCCUGAUGUUGGCGAUGCCAGAAACAAAAAGCAGAGAAACCCAAGAUCAGAGAAAUUUACACCAGUUCCUGACAGCGUAUUAAGAUCUGCGUUGAUUGCUGGAGCCACAGGAACAACUUUAUCAUCAAAAGAACAGAUGUUCGGUGGACUCACAACGCCUUUCCCUGGUGCGAUGACUCCUGGCUCAGUUACACCCGGCUUCACCACUCCGUCUGGUGACCUUGAUCUGAUAAAAAUCGGUGAAGCUAGAAAGUCUCUGGUCGGAGUUAAACUUGAUCAGGCAUCAGACUCAGUUUCUGGGCAGACUGUGGUCGACCCUAAAGGAUAUUUGACUGAUCUUCAAAGUGUUACACCCACUGCCAGCGGAGAUAUAGGAGACAUUAAGAAAGCAAGACUUCUUCUGAACUCUGUGAUUACGACGAAUCCUAAACACGGCCCAGGUUGGAUUGCUGCAGCACGUCUCGAGGAGGUCACAGGGCACAUCCAAAAAGCACGGAAUCUUAUAUACAAAGGGACGGAGGCGUGUCAAAAAAACGAAGAUGUUUGGCUUGAAGCUGUGCGGUUGCAGCCACCAGAAACUGCCAAGUCAAUUGUUACCCAAGCGAUAAAAGAGCUUCCACAGUCUGUUCGAUUAUGGAUUAAAGCUGCAGAUUUGGAGCAAGAGGUUCCGGCGCAAAAACGUGUUUACCGGAAAGCUCUCGAGAACAUACCAAACUCUGUGAGAUUAUGGAAAGCUGCAGUUGAGCUUGAAGACCCAGAGGAUGCGAGCAUUUUGCUGUCUAGAGCAGUGGAGUGUUGCCCGCAGAGUGUAGAGUUAUGGCUUGCAUUGGCACGCUUGGAGUCAUAUGAAAACGCAAGGAAGGUACUUAAUAAGGCAAGGGAGAAUAUACCUACUGAUCGCCUUAUUUGGAUUACGGCUGCUAAACUGGAAGAAGCUAAUGGAAACAUCUCCAUGGUAGCAAAGAUUAUAGACAGAGCUGUUGCUUCAUUGAAGGCCAAUUCAGUCGAGAUUAAUAGGGAACAGUGGAUCAAAGAUGCGGAGGAGGCUGAUGCUGCACAGAGUGUUGCAACGUGUCAAGCAAUCAUCCGAGCAGUAAUCGGCAUAGGCGUUGAAGAAGAAGACCGCAAGCACACGUGGAUGGAAGAUGCAGAAAGUUGUGCUGCCCAUGGUGCCUACGAAUGUGCCAGGGCGAUCUAUGCACAUGCACUGGCUGUCUUCCCAAGCAAGAAGAGCAUUUGGUUGCGGGCAGCGUACUUUGAAAAGAACCACGGAACAAGAGACAGUCUUGAAUCAUUGCUUCAAAAUGCUGUUAAACAUUGUCCAAAAGCAGAGGUCCUGUGGUUGAUGGGCGCCAAAUCAAAAUGGCUUGCGGGAGACAUCCCAGCUGCACGCUCAAUUCUAGCUUUAGCUUUCCAGGCCAAUUCUAACAGUGAGGAGAUUUGGCUCGCUGCUGUCAAACUUGAAAGUGAAAAUAAUGAGGACGAACGAGCCAGGCGAUUGCUGCAGAAAGCCCGAACAAGUGCACCAACAGCAAGGGUUUGCAUGAAGUCAGUGCGGUUGGAAUGGGUGGUUGGCAAUAUAAUUCAGGCUAGAGAAAUGCUGAAGGAAGCGCUCAAAAACUACGCGGACUUUGCAAAAUUGUGGAUGAUGAAAGGGCAGAUUGAGGAAGAGCAAGGAAACUACGAAGGAGCGAAAGAGGCCUAUAAAGCUGGCGUAAAGAAAUGCCCAACGUCUACAGCACUUUGGCUGUUGCAAGCAAGGCUAGAAGAAGAACAUGAUCACAUCACCAAAGCGCGCUCUGUUUUGGAACAAGCAAGACAUAGGAAUCCUCAGAAUCCGGAGCUUUGGCUUGAAGCUAUUAGAAUAGAGUCCCGUAGUGGUAAUAAAGAGUUUGCCAAAUCACUGAUUGCUAAAGCCAUGCAAGACUGUCCGAAUUCAGGUCUCCUUUGGGCCGAGGCUAUUUUCAUGGAAUCGAGGCCACAACGUAAAACGAAAAGCGUCGAUGCAUUAAAGAAAUGCGAACAUGAUCCAAAUGUCUUGCUCGCGGUGUCAAAGCUUUUUUGGAGCGAGCGGAAAAUCAAUAAAACAAGAGACUGGCUAAACAGGACGGUUAAAAUUGACCCAGACUUCGGCGAUUCUUGGGCCUAUUUUUAUAAAUUCGAGGUCCAGUAUGGAACAGAGGCUGACCAGACCGGUGUUCUUGAAAGAUGCGUUACUGCAGAACCCCAUCAUGGUGAAAAUUGGUGUAAAGUUGCAAAGAUGCCUGUCAACUGGAGGAAAAAGACCCGAGAGCUGCUGCCUCUUGUUGCCAAGACUCUGAAAUCUGUAGAGAAUCUCUAAAGAUGGCGCAUUGAAUUUUUGCAAGCAUGGUGGGAUUUCCUUGCUUUUCAGUGCAGCAGCCAAUCAGUUAUAUAUAACUUGGAUUGCUUUUGAACAGAUGAAGGAAAUCCGCACAAAACGCAAGCUUAUUGCUGUCUGGAUUUCAGCAUGCAACUUUCUCAUGGAAGGGCUAGCAGUCAUUUUCAACAAUGCAGGCUGCAAAGCGAAAUGACUUUAUAUAUCAAGCAUACUUGCUGAAAACCGGAAAACAAAGGUACUUUCCAGAAACCAUGAUAAUUCCUAGAAAUGUAUUGAUGAUAGCAAGCCUUCUUCCUAAUUAAUCAGCUCUUAGCACAUAAGCCUACUUUCUGGUGCUUUAUUUGUUAAAAAUAUCUUUAUAUAG